AGUUAUAAUAUAAAGAAACAAAAAGAACUAGAAACAAGUAUUUUUGUUACGAAAUACAAAAAUACUCCAAGUUCAUAUUGCAAUGACGUCCUUAGAUGAUCUUUUUGAACAAAUAAUUCACACAGAACGUAAAGCCCAGGAGAGAAGAAGUUUCCUUAACGAAAUAAAAUGUAAUGUUCAGAAAUUCAAAGAAAAGACACAAGAGGCAGAGAGGGAAUGUGUCUGUUUACAUGGACAAUUAGCUACCAAGGUACAGCAAAUGAAUGAGGAUGAAAUUACCUGUAAAAUGUUACAGAACAAGCAAAAAACACUUGGUGAACAAUUAGAUAUACUGAAACAGGAAUCCGAGGAUCUGAGAAACGAAAUGGCUGAAGUCUUGUCAAAGAAAAACAAUGACACAGAUAUGUUUUGCUCUGAGGUGGAAGAAUUUGCCAUUGACUAUAGUUUAAUUAGCAAUGGCCAGUCUAUCAGAGAACGGGAAGCCAGACAAGAGAUAGCGAGCUUAAAGGAGAAACAUAAUUGUCUCAGACGAGAUAGUCAAGUUUAUGAAGAUAAGAAAAAGAUGGUAUCUGAACUUAACAAGGAGCUUCAAUGUUUCGACGAAGAGAAGAUCAAACUAGAAAGAAUGCUACAUGAUCUCAGUGGCAAGUUACAAGAUGAGAUUCGAUGGACAGAAGAUAAAGAAAAUUUGUUGAUUUCCCCAAUCACCACUCCAGAAUUUGUCAAAUUACAGCAACAGUUAGACACUCUGAAGAACGAGAAUUUAGAAGACAUGUGUAACGAUUUACAGAAGGAGAUGUGUAGACUUCAACAGCUAUGUUGGCAGAGACAAUUAAAAGAGAGACAAAAACAACAAGACGUCAAACGACAAACGAGACGACAGGAACAAAAGCAACAAGAGAACUUAGUUGCAGUUUCAAAUCGUGUCCAGCUGUCCAAUUUUUCAUCUGAUGGAAAUAACAGUGAACAGAUAGAAGAUGAUACAAACAUGGAGCUACAAGACCUGUUUACUGAGGAUUUUACAGAUCUGAACUACCAGAAAUCGUUGUUCAAAACGAGAUCUGAUAAAUAAAUUUCAAAUGUGUCAUGAACCAAGUGACGAAAAAACGUGCCAUGAACCAGCUGAUAAAAAAAAGUGUAAUGAACCCGCUGACGAAAAAAGAGAAAAUUAUAUGUUCGUUUUAUUUCACUCAAUAAAUUUCAAUACAAUGUAUUUCAUUAUCAUAAUUGUACAUGGUACAUAUUGGAUAAAUAAAUGUCUUAUUAAGUUGUGCUUAUUUCAGGUAGCAAAGAGUUUUUUUACUUCCAAUCUCCAAUUUACAACCUUUAAAAUGCUCUAACUUUUAAGAUUGCGUAUAAAUAAAUAAAAGAGGUAUAUAUAGAUAAAUAAAAGAUAAAUCCUCUAAAUGAAUUCAAUAUCUUUGUUAUGCAAUCAUUGUGGAAUGAAUUAUUAUGCAAUUAAUGGCAAAAUCUUGGUCAGUUCACUUGAAUGCAGUUAGCUCUUUCAUCUCUUAAACUUUACAGGAAAUUUUAACGAAAUCUUAAUCAAUACAGCAGGAGCUACAAAGGGAUGUCUCAAAUUAUCGCUGUCGUAUUCCAUUCUCUCAUAAAUCUGUAAUUCGUGUAAACAUCCUUACCACAUAAAAAUAGAUAAUGUUAGAUAAGGUGUCAAAUUUGACCU